AUGGAAACUACUCUGAUUGGGAAAUUCUUUUGGCCGAGACCGAAUAUUGAGGUUGUUUGUGGAUUUGUUAAGAGGAAAUGGAAUUUGAAAGGUCAAGUUGAUGUGGUCACUAUGAACAAAGAAUGUCUUUCCUUAUCUUUCUCAUGUGAGGAGGAUCGCAGAAAUAUCCUCUGCAAUGGUACUUGGGCGAUAGGAAAAUAUUCAAUGUAUAUCCAGAAAUGGUACCCUAAUGCGGGAAGAGAGGAUAAGUUUGUGGUCCAAGUUCCAGUUUGGAUAAAGUUACCUAGGCUUCCUAUGGAAUAUUGCGAGGAAGAUGUGUUUGCUGGGAUAGCCAAUGCUUUCGGGGAGCUUAUCGCCAUUGAUCCUAUUAUGACAUCCAGAAGAAGACUUAUUUAUGCUAGAAUUUGUGUAGGAGUUGGGCCCGAAAUGAACAUGCCAGAGGAAAUAGAGAUAGAAUCAAAAUUAGGCAAAUGGAUGCUGAAUAUUGAUUAUGAAUCAAUCCCUUUUGCAUGCUUUCAUUGUAAGAAAUUUGGGCACUGGGCUAAAAAAUGCCCAAGCAAUGUGGUCCAAUCUCAAUCCCAAACUAAAGUGUGGAAAAAGGUGGACAAUGCUUUGAAAGCCUUGCCUUUGGAUGACCCAGAUCAGAAGAAACAGUCCCAUGUAGGAAGGACAGAGGAGGAGUUAGUCAGGGAAUUGGGAAAUGAAAAGAAGAAAGGAGAUAAUGAUAAGAUAACCCAUCAGGAAAAGGAACAAGAGAAUAGUGGGAAGGAUUCAAAUGAUGGAGAAAGUCAAAAUAAGGAAAAGGAUUAG